AUAAUACUCGACUGAGAGAUAGUAAGUACACUUUCUGUGGCAAUUGCUUUCAUGGAAAAAUCUUUUAAAUAUCAGAGGACAAACUAAGAAUCUUCAAAGCCACGCAGAGAGGCAGAUCUGAUACGAAAGCUGGAAUCAUGAGCACUGCAGGGAAAGUCAUCAAAUGCAAAGCAGCUGUAAUCUGGGAACCUAAAAAACCAAUCAAUAUUGUGGAAAUAGAAGUGGCUCCACCAAAAGCGCAUGAAGUUCGUGUUAAGAUGGUGGCUACUGGAAUCUGCCGCACAGAUGACCAUAUAGUGAGUGGCUCAAUAAAGACGAACUUUCCCGUUAUUCCUGGUCAUGAAGGAGCCGGUAUUGUGGAGAGUGUUGGGGAAGGUGUUACCAGUUUGAAGCCAGGAGAUAAAGUCAUUCCACUCUGCCUCCCCCAGUGUGGGAAAUGCACCGUUUGCAAAAAUCCCAAAGGCAACUGGUGUGAAAAGACAGACUUUCUCGAACCCAGAGGAGUAAUGUAUGAUGGCACCACCAGGUUCACUUGCAAAGGAAAGCCAGUUCACAAUUUUGUUGGCACCAGCACCUUCUCGGAAUACACCGUGUUGCAUGAAGAUUCUGUGGCCAAAAUUGAUCCUGCCGCUCCUCUUGAAAAAGUGUGCCUCAUUGGCUGUGGAUUUUCUACUGGCUAUGGGGCUGCCGUCAAAACUGCAAAGGUUCAUCCUGGUUCUACCUGUGCUGUUUUUGGCCUGGGAGGAGUAGGUCUCUGUGUAGUCAUGGGCUGUAAAUCAGGUGGCGCUUCCCAGAUCAUUGGGAUUGAUAUCAACAAGGAUAAAUUCCCUCUGGCUAAACAGCUGGGUGCCACCCAAUGUAUCAGCCCUCUGGAUUUCAAGAAGCCCAUCAAUGAAGUGCUGUUUGAGAUGACCAAUGGUAAAGGUGUAGACUAUUCGUUUGAAGUGAUUGGGCGCACAGAUACCAUGAUUUCAGCCUUGGCUUCCUGCAACAUGAACUAUGGAACAAGUGUCGUAGUGGGAGCACCUCCUUCAGCAUCUGAGAUUACUUUCUCCCCAGCACUUAUCUUCACAGGUCGCACUUGGAAAGGAUGUGUAUUUGGAGGCCUGAAAAGCAAGGAUGAUGUCCCAGAGCUGGUUUCAGAUUUCAUGGCAAAAAAGUUUUGUUUGGAUCCAUUAAUAACUCAUAUUUUGCCUUUUGAUAAAAUCAAUGAAGGGUUUGAGCUGCUCCAGACUGGAAAAAGUAUUCGCACUGUUCUGCUAUUUGGUAAUGAGGAAAAAAACAGAAAGUGACCUUUUCAAGCUGACUUUCACCACUUUGAAUGGCCAUACCUGGAAUAAGAGGGAAUCUCCAGAGACAACUGGAUCCUGCCGUCAAUUUAUGUCAAUUUGGAGUCAAUUUUUCUUUGUGUGUAAUAGAACAAAACUACUGAAAAUACCUUAUCAGCACAUUCAGGACUACACAGGUCAUGUUCAACAAAGCAAAAGCAAAAUAAUAAUCUGCUGUAGGUGUUGGGAAUUAGGCUACAACCCUACAAACUCAUGGGAGUAAAUUCCCAUUGAAUUCAAAGGGAUCCUUAUUUCUUAGAGGGCAUGC